AAGUUUAAUUGAAAAUAGGUUAAUUAUUUAACAAUUUCAUUAAAAUUAAGCUAUUUUAUGACUCAGAAGCAAUAUAUCUAAAGAAAAACAUUUACCUUGGAUUCAACAUACUGAAAUUACCUUACAAAAAUGGCUGACAAAUGUUCUAUUUACACUAAAUGAAUACUUAGAUGCGGACAAAGUAGUGGUUUGACAAAAGAUGAUGUAGUGUAAUAUAUGAUCUAAAAAAAGUGUAUUAAAAUCUUUAGAUACUACCUUAGGGAGAAAAAAGUCUAUGAAGUUUUUGAAAAGAACACAUUAGCAAGUGGAAGAAAAGAAAGUAAAAAUAGCUCAAAGAAAAAAUAAAGAAUGUGAAAGCAAGGUUUAUUAGAAAAGAAGAGUCAGACAGAAUGAAAUAAAAAUUAGGUACCUCCAUAUAAAAUUUAGGAAAUUAUGUAGCCCUAGUAAUCAAUAUAAGAUGCACCAAUAUUCAAAUAAUAGCAAAAAUUAUGUUGAAAGUGAUGAGUACUACCUCAUGCACUAGUUCUUUAAUGAAAUCAGUGAAUAGACCAAUAAAAAAUAGUGCUUAAUUAUAUGA